AUGCACUUUAACAUCAAGACUAUCCUUCUAACCCUCAAUAUGGUUUCGGCCGCGAUGGCGAUCUGCCUCGUUAGAAGUCCGGGAACCGACCUUAGCCCGACCCAAAAAUGCCCCGGGGUUAGUCCUUUUUCCUGCGCCGGCACAGUAAACGACACCUUUGGUCUCUGCUGCAGCAAAACCGAUUGCAGUUAA